AUGGCUCAGUGUCUACAGGACCUGCUGGACUACGUCACCUAUGCGGGCGGCGUCGGUCGGCGACGGGCAGACGCCGUCAGUGGGGUAGGUGCUUCCUGGCUCAUCCGGGUGAGAAAGUCCAGCGGAGAAAAGCUCGCAGGCUUCGCCGAGGAGAAAGGGCGCGAUGAGCUUGCGUGUCAGAUGGCACUGUACAUCGAUGUUUCUGGCGCGGGCAAUGUUCUUGCGCACGUCGUGGGGCAGGCCGAUGACGAUGCGUUUCUUCUGCGCCCGCAGCCUGGCGACAGCAAGCUCCAGCGUGCAUUCUUCGCCGGCUUGACAUGCGGCCGAUUUAGCAAGAUUCUGCAGCUGCAGUUUCAGAAGGAUCUGCCAAAGGCCAAGCUGCAGGAUCUCUUCUCAGAGUGGCUGCCCUCCAGCGCUGGCAGUGUUGAGCUUCGAGCUUUAGUUUCCCAGCUACCCGACCUUGCCGCCAAGGACACGCUGGUUCUCCUCUUCGCUCCCGAUGGUGAGAACCUCUCUGUUGAUCUCCCAAAGCUGCAGAGGGCUCCAGCGCGGCUGCAGUCGCCGGCAAUAUGGCUGGCCUUGCAGCGGGCGCACUUUGACUGGCAAGACCCAUGUCCGCCUUUCCAGGCAGACAUCGCUCAGCGAUUGCCAAAGUUGCUGCUGGAGCCGGGGGUCGCCGAAGCGGACGCUCCGCGACGCGGCCGCACCUGGCGCGAGUUCGCAGGCCGAACAGAGGGCAAGGACGGCUAUGAGCUCUUCGACAUCCACCGAGGUCUCUUGACCAGGCUCGGCAUGAGAAAAGCCGAGCCGGCGAAAGCCAGCGCAGCCCCGGCUCCAGACUCAAAGCAUGUGGAGCUCGAGACUGUGUACCUCCAGGAGAUUGCUCAUCUCCGUUCGGAGCUCGAGCAACUUCACGCAGCCAGCGACCAGGCACUCUCCAGGCGAUGGAGGUGGGUCUGCGUGGGGAUGGUGAUGGGAGUUCUCUUCUGCAAGAUCUUCCUUUCGGCGCUUGCGGCUUUUGGGCCGGCUCCCUCCUCGCCGACUUGCGGACUCGAGGGGAGCUGA